AUGGACUUCUCCAACAUCUUCCGCCUCGUCAACAUCGCGAUCGGUGUGAUCAUGGUGCUCGGCGGUAUCAGCCAGUUCUUCCCGGCUACCAUGAGCUCCAUCAUCGUCGGCGCAUACGUGAUUGUCUUCGGUCUCGUUGUUGGCGGUCUUGAGUUCAUGCCCAACGUUCCCGAUUAUGCCUACCGCUACGCCUCGUUCCUGUUCUCUUUCCUCGGCCGUGGUGUCUUCUACAUCUUCGUCGGCUGCAUCAUCCUCCACGGCCACGUCCUGCGUGAGAUUGCCGCCUCCAUCAUCGGCAUCACCGGUAUUGCCUACCUCGUUCUCGAGUUCAUCCCUUCUAUCGAGCCUCCUUCCAACAUGCGCGAGUCGGACCAGGGUUGGGGCGCCGAACAGGUCUAA